AAAACUAAUCAGAAUAACCGUUAGAUGUCAGUAGAUACAUGCAUUAAAAUUUGAACCUUCUUCUCUUUUACAGCCAGAUUCGUCGUCAUUUAAUUUCAUCACUUGCUCCGGCUUGGUGUCUUUUCUCAGUUUUAAGAACCAAGUGGUUUACCACAGUUACCAGCGACAAAUUUAUUUGGAUUGUGUUUUUCGAUUACUCAGUUUCGUUAUUUUUGUUCAAUCUAGUUAACGUUAUUGGAAUUAAUAUGGAUCCAGCAUUAAAAGACAAGCUGGACAAAUUCAAAACCGUUAUUAAAUCCAUUAUAAUCCCUUAUAAACAUGGAAUCAGUUUAGAUCAAAUCCAAAAGGAUUUCAAGGAGCUUGAAGGGACUUUUCUUCCUUGUACAAUAUUUGGUUAUAAAAAUCCUAGAGAUUUUUUGGACUCCAUGAGUGAUGUGUUGAUCAAGCAACCAAACCUCUAUGGUGAACCUGUAUAUCGUGCAAGAUUUGAUGAUGAUACAGUCCACAUCCAAGAAAUGGUCAUGCAACAAAAAGCAACUACGAAAAGAAAGAAAAAGAAGCCAUUUGGAGGCUACGGCGGUCACGGAGGCUAUAACAAUUAUUAUAGUGGACACCGAUAUAAUAUAAGGCCUUCAACAAAUUACUGGAAUCCACCUGUCACUAGGAGACCUCCUAUCAAUCGUCCAAGUAGUCAAUCCGUAAAUUCACGGCCUGUUCUUCCCGCUGGGUUAGAACAAAAUGAUUUAGAUGAGUGGGGUUCAAGACCAUCAGUUCAGAGACCAUCAGUUCAGCGACCAAGACCUACUCGCCAUGUUCAAGUAUCAAAGCAACCUCUCAAAGCUUCACAAGUUAAUAACACCCAAGGCUUGUCCAGCAAUAGACCGCCUCCUGGGCCACCUAAUAAUGUUCGGGCCACAGCACCUUUUCUCUCUGCUCAAGACGUGGCAAAUAUCAAAGAAUUAUUAAAAGAUCAUGGCAAAGAGGGCAUCAAUUUGAAUUUCCUGAAAACUCUUUAUGAAAAAAAGUAUCAGCAAACUUUAGAUCCUCAUGCUAGAGGGUUCUCUGAUCUUCAACACGCUCUUAGCACCAUUAGCCACAUUUGUAAAGUUGAGCUUCAUCCCUCGCGGAAAUUUUAUAUUGUUAAGCUGGUCGAUAACCCAAUAAAAAAACCUGAAACGCCAAAGCCGUCAAAAAACCCACCCAAAAAUGAUGCUAAAGGUCCAGAUGAUGUAGCGAGUGCUCCUCCUAGAAAAGUUGUUAGUCUAAGUGAUAAUCCCAGUGAUAUUCGCGUAGAGGUCCAAAACGGAAUUGACAGUGAAGCUCUUGAAAAUUUCCCUUCAACUGCGAUUUCUUAUUUUAAAAAAAUUCUAGAAAAAUAUCCUCACGGUAUCACUGCCGAAAAUUUCCUAUCGGAAUAUGAAAAUAUUUCUGGAGCACCUUUGGAACCCACAAAUUGGGGCUAUUUCUCCUUGAUUGACAUAUUUUAUGGUCUACCUUCAUUAUUUUUUGUUGAUCCAGCAGAUGCAAGGAGUGGACAAGAGAAUGAUUGUGACGCCAUCAUCUACAACUCUAAUCAAGUGCCCCCAGAGGUUCGUCAAAGAGUUGACGCAUACCAUGCAAAAACCAAUCAAGGUCCACUAAGUGAGAAGCAACAAAGAUGGUCUUUCAAGCUGAAAAUUAUGGCUUUAUUAAUGAAAGCAACUGAAGGAAUUUCGAUUUCCAACUUUUCUACUGAUUUUUACUUAAACUUCAAAGAAAGCCUUGAUCCUUGUGUGUAUGAUUAUAAAGAUUACUCUGACAUGUUCGAACAUUUGUCCAAAGAACUUCCAAUAAAAUUGGAAGGAAGUUAUUCAGGUGAUGAUAUCACUGUUAGUUUACAAGAUGACUGGCAAACCCAAUGGGUUGAUAUUUGUGUAAAUAAUAAUCAAUAUGAUGCUUUAAAGCAGAUGAUUGUGCCUGAUAAUGUAGUCCUGCCUGGAGAUAUCAUUUCAGAAGUGGACGUUGACCAAGCCACCGUCGAUGAAGACGUUUGGCAUCAGAUAAUUUUAACUUCUGUUGUUAACCCAAACUGCAUAUUUGUAAACUUGGUUGGCAAAUAUCAUUCUGAUGCGCUGGAUACUCUCAUGCACAAAUUGAAAUUUUAUGCCGAUUUAUCGCCUUCCUGUAGAGAUUAUGAUGUUCCAAUUUUCUACCUGCGAGAAAAUUUCUUCUGUACUGCCGCUUUUGAUGUCGAUAAUUGUUGGCAUCGAGUAAAAAUUGUUAAAGUAGAACCAGACAAGAAAAAGGUCAAGGUAGCGUUUAUUGACUUUGGUGGUGAGCAAUACAUUGAAUCAUGUAAGCUAAGGCUGAUGAAAAAGGAAUUUAGCUAUCUUCCUUCUCAAGCAAUUCGCCUUUCACUUAGAGGAAUCCGACCAAAGACUGACAAGUGGCCUUCAAAUGCCAAAGAUGAAGUUCUAGAUUUCAUGAAUCGGGCUUUAAAUCAAAAAGAGAAUAUUUUAUGCCGUCUACAUAAACGUAGAUCAUCUCAAGCAAAAGAAUCUGUCAGAUUCGAAGCUGAAGUAUGUGCCAAAACUUCACUUGGCUACGUUUUUCUGCACAAACAGCUUAUUGAAAGUGGUUUAGCAAUAAUUGACGAGGAGGCGACACAUCCUUCUAAAAAUGACGUCAUGAUCCCCAGUAAUGAUGUACAUCGACCACUUCGCAAACCAACGCGAGUUAAUCCUAGAAAAAUGAUAUCAACUCUUAGGCGUCUACAAAUAAAGAAUAAAAGUGGAUCAGAAGAGCCUUCCAGUAGUGUUGAUGGACAAAACGUACAAUAAAUGAUACGCGUUAAUCAAAUUAAUCAUUCCAAAACGAGCUAUGGAAUCUCUAAUUUAUUAAAAUAAGUGAAGAUGAUCCAAAAUUAGCAACCCUAUUUAAUUAUUCCCCCUAAAAAAACUAUCUUUAAUUUCACCAUUUAAUAAUAAAAAUUGUUUUUGAAAUAA